GCGAGCUGUGGCAACGGCUGGAGGGCGACAGCACCGCGACAGCACCGCGACAGCACCGCGACAGCACCGCGACAGCACCGCGACAGCACCGCGACAGCACCGCGACAGCACCGCGACAGCACCGCGACAGCACCGCGACAGCACCGCGACAGCACCGCGACAGCACCGCGACCACUAUCGGGAUUAUUACUCUUGGGCUUUGCCUCCCAGCCGCGGUCCCUAGGCUCCCGUCCCGGAUUGCAAUUGCACCAUGACCUUGGAGGAGCUGGUGCCCUGCGAUAGCAGCAAGAUGCAGGCAGUAAGCGAGGCGGUGGAGCGGGUGCUGGUGGCGGCGCAGAGGCAGGACCGGCUGACAGUGGGGGUCUACGAGUCUGCCAAGCUCAUGAACGUGGACCCCGACAGCGUGGUGCUGUGUGUGCUGGCCACCGACGAGGAAGACGAAGGUGACAUCGCCCUGCAGAUCCACUUCACCCUCAUCCAGGCCUUCUGCUGUGACAAUGACAUCCACAUCCUGCGCGUCUCGGGCAUGCAGCGCUUGGCCACCAUCCUGGGCGAGCCCGAGCCGGCCACCGAGCCCCGCGACCUCCACUGCCUCUUAGUCACGAACCCCCACACGGAUGCCUGGAAGAGCCAAGGGUUGGCAGAGGUGGCGAGUUACUGCGCUGAGAGCCGUGACAAGAACCAGUGGGUGCCGUACGUCUGCCUGCAGGAGCGCUGAGCUGGCCCCAGCCAGGGAGAAAAGAAAAAAAAAUAAUAAAGUAAAACGGCAGGAAAAAAAGGAAGGAGAAACAGCCAGUUAAAACCCACAAACCCAAACACCCACCGAUUUAUUUUUUUUCUUUUUAACCGGAGAGGGAGGACGGAGCAGCCUGGCCGCACCGGUGGGCAUGGGAAGAACGGUGGCCGUGCCGUGCCGGUGGGACGCUGGCCGGAGCACACCGGAGCCGUGCCGAGGAGUUGUGCUUGGCCACGGGGACCGUGGGACCGUGAGGAGCGUGGGGAGGAGAUGGCGACUGGUUUUUGGUUUGCUUUUUUUUUUUGGCAUCCGUGGCUCAGCGGAGGCGAGGACUGCGGAGCAAUGGAGGUUUUUUGCAAACGAACUGCUUUUUUUCCAAGGGAUAAAUUAUUGUCCGUGUUGAUGGACCUGCAGCACCAGUUUAGUUUUUGCACUCAAGCCACUUGGAGACCCUGAUCUGAAGCUAUUCCAGAGUCUAUUCUUAUACUGAUUUAAAAAAAAAAAAUAUUUGCAAUAAAAUGUUCGAAGUCA